AUGGGCGUACUACCGCCGCUCCCAGACCCAUCCAUCUACCGCGCCUUCACCAUCUACCCCUCCUCUUCCUCUCCCUCCACCGCACCAGAGGCCAAACCAAGCUGGACAACGCCCCUCGUCAAAGAAUCCAACUUCCCUCAAUCCUCACUCAUCGCCGAACUCUCUUCUCUUCAGGAUAAGGACAAAGCCAGUAUCGCGGAUAAGAUCGCGAGAUUGAGCACGGAGCAGAGCGGCGCGGUUUAUAAUGUUCUCGUGGAUCUGGUGGGCGAGGGGGAUAGUGGGGCGAGUACGAUGGAUGGGGAGGGGAAGAAGUUAGAGUGGAGUGUUUGUGAGGCUGCUAAGGUAAGGGAUGAGAAGAGGAAGGGGAGGACGAGGUGUGUUAGGGUGUUCUUUGUGCGGGCCCCGCUGCAGGUGGAAGAGAAGGAGAGGAAUAAGAUGGAGAGUGAGGUGUCCACUAGAGGAGGGGGAAAGGGGAAGGAGAUAGAGAAGAAAGGGAGUAGGAGUCGGAGUCGGGGGAAGGAGAAGGAGAAGGAGAAGGCUAUUGAAGACUCUCCUAAAGAGAAGCGCAAAUCAACGAAAGAGAGGGAAAGAAGGGAGUCGAAGGGAAAGGGAAAGGAGAUCGAAAGAGUGGAAGAGAAGAGGAGUCGGAGGAGAAGCUCGAAAUCGAGACUUAGGAAGGAGGCUCUGGGGGACGAUUCGGAUGAUGGUUCUUGUGAUUCGGAUUCCACGAUUAGUAUUCAGAGUCGAAAUCUAAGGCGCUCGAAACACAGGACGCUUUCUCAGAGGUUCAAGCCGAAGCAUUCGGAGGUAAAUCCAAUGGCGUAUGGGAGGGCAGAACAACCGAGAUGGGAAAAGCCUACGAUUAUACCGCCACAGUACCCGAUCAGAGGAUAUCAGCCUGCGCAGCCGAAUGAGUACCAUAUCCGUGCGGCUUAUGAAGCAGGACAACGGGAUGCGAAUGCGGUGAGAAUGAGGAAUGCUGCUCUGGAAAGGGGCUCGUUGCCGCAGGGGCCGAGUCAUGUGAUUUCGUUUGAGCGGUUGAGGCCGGGUUUUGAAGAAUGGUCUGAGGAAUCGUACUCUCAGGGGAGCCAGGAACCAGAGAGAUAUGUGAGCGAACGCCGACCCCCUAUCAUCCAAUAUCCACAUCAUGUGAAUCCAAACCACAUUCCUCCUUCAUAUGUUGGUACGCAAUAUGGCCGAGAUCAAUACAUGGAUGAUCGCCAUGUUGGUAGAAGAUACUCGCAGGAUAUACGAAUGGAUUCUUCGUAUGAACGGUACGGGCCCGAUACUUUCCGUCAACGUUACACUGCCUGGUAA